AAAACAAAAAACACUAAAUUAGUACAAAUGCUCGAACACAAAGCAAAAGACACAGUUUCAACCUUUUCAGAACAGAUGGAGUCAACGGGCCAAGUCUCCUUCCUCAUUAUCCUCCUAUUGCUCUCCUUGUACCUUCUACAAGCCUCAUCUGUACCUGCGUCGACUGCUGUCUUUCCAGAUGAAGCUCUCCCCACCAAAUCUGGCUAUCUCCCCGUCAAUCCAGCCACCGGCUCCGCGAUUUACUACACUUACUAUGAAGCUCAGAGCUCUACCUCUUCCCUUUCCCAAACCCCACUCCUCAUUUGGCUCCAGGGAGGUCCUGGGUGCUCGUCUAUGACUGGAAACUUCCUCGAGCUUGGACCUUGGCUUGUGACUAGUUCUUACAGUCAAAACGUCGAACGCAUUACCCUCAAAGCCAAUCCUGGGGCUUGGAACCGCAUCUACGGCCUUCUUUUCCUUGAUAACCCAAUAGGAACCGGUUUUAGCAUUGCUCCCAAGCCUGAGGAGAUCCCAAGAGAUCAGCAUGCUGUCGCCAAGCACCUAUUUGUGGCAAUUACGGGGUUUGUAAAUUCAGAUCCAGUGUUCAAAAAUCGCCCCAUAUAUAUCACUGGGGAAAGUUAUGCAGGGAAGUAUGUUCCUGCAAUUGGUUACUAUAUUUUGAAGAAGAAUAUGCGGUUACCAGAGUCGCAGCAAGUGAACUUGGCAGGUGUUGCUAUAGGUGAUGGGUUAACAGACCCGGUGAUACAAGUGAAUACUCAUGCCUUGAAUGCUUACUAUUCUGGUCUAGUCAAUGAGAAGCAAAAGGGGGAAUUGGAGAAAGCUCAGUCCGAGGCUGUUAAACUAGUUAAAAUGGCAAACUGGAGUGCAGCAACAGAUGCAAGAAACGGAGUGUUGAACUUGCUGCAGAACAUGACAGGGUUGGUCACUCUGUAUGACUUUACAAAGAAAGCACCGUACAACACAGCCUUGGUGACCAGAUUUUUGAACCAUGAAGUGGCCAAGAAGGCAUUGGGAGUGAAUGAGUCAAUGGUGUAUGACGAUUGCAGCGAUGUGGUGGGGGCUGUACUGCAUGAGGAUGUGAUGAAGAGUGUGAAAUACAUGGUGGAGUUCUUGGUGAAAAGGAGUAAGGUUUUGCUUUAUCAGGGACACUUUGAUUUAAGAGAUGGGGUGGUUUCAACUGAGGCAUGGGUCAAGACAAUGAAAUGGGAGGGCAUAGGAAGUUUUUUGAAGGCUGAGAGAGAGGUUUGGAGAGUGAAUGGAGAGCUUGCAGGGUAUGUGCAAAAGUGGGGGAGUUUGAGCCAUGUAGUGGUGAUGGGAGCUGGCCAUUUUGUGCCAACCGAUCAGCCAGUGAACUCUCAGGCAAUGAUAGAAGACUGGGUUUCGGAGAGGGGACUGUUUGGCCAUCAGAAGGAUCAAGCUUGGCCCUCAUUUUCCAAAAGAGCUAUUUGAAUUCUGAAAUGAUUCUCCUUGCUGUUGUUUUAUGAUUUCCUCCUCAAACAAUGAAUAAAUCCCACUUCUCUGAUUCAACU